AUGAAUGUGUUUUGUAGAAGUCGUGAUAAGGACGUGCUGAGCUUAUGUAAUAUUGUGGUUGAUGUCGGUAGUGAGUAUAACCAUGCUGCGAUGAAGUAUGACCAUCAUCAAAGGGACUUUACUCAUACAAUGAACACGUUGCGAGUAAUGAAUUUUGAUACAAAAUUAAGUUCAGCGGGUCUUAUUUAUGCUCACUAUGGGAAGAGUGUUAUUAGCACUUUGCUUGAGCUACCACACGAUGAUCCGGUAAUUGACAUUUUAUUCAAAAAGGUCUAUGAAGCUUUUGUGGAGUCUAUCGAUGCAAUAGACAACGGAAUUGCUCAGUUUGAUGGCGAACCAAGGUUUAUGAUGGCAGUCAAAUUGGUCGGAAAGGAAUUCAAUGAGCUGCUUAGUUAUCUUUGUAAAUCCUGGCUACCAGCGCGUAGUCACGUUAUCCACGCAGUCACUCAUCGUUUUGACAUUGAUAAAAGUGGUCAAAUAUUUUGCCUAGAAAGUGGUGGAAUGCCUUGGAAAGAUCAUUUUUUUCUCGUUGAAGAACAGCUUCAUUUAAAAAACGAUGAUGUUAUAUAUGUUAUUUACGAAGAUAAUGCAAAUGCACAGUGGAGAGUGCAAGCUAUUCCAGUAAGCCAGAAACAGCCUUUUGAAAACAGGUUGCCCCUACCAGAGGCAUGGCGCGGUCUCCGUGAUGCAGAAUUGACAAAAGUAACGGAUAUACCUGGCUGUAUUUUCGUUCAUCCAACUGGCUUUAUUGGGGGUAAUAAAUCAAUGCAGGGUGUGAUAGAGAUGGCGAGGAAAUCAUUAUCCCUCGCUGGGAAGUAUAAGAACUAA